AUUGUACGGAGCAUGCAAUAACAAAAUACUGUAAAUGCAAUAUUGCUCUUUCCACGUAAAAACGACGAGCACAAACUGCUGUCAUAUCUUCUUCUUCUUCUGUUCUCUGAUAAUUAUCUUCCUUUUCUCUUAAACAAUAAAUCAAUCACCAUGGCUGCAUUAGCUAUUGCAUCAUCUUAUCCAUGGGCUUUGAGAACUUCUUUGUCCAAUUCUUCGAGGAAAUACCAAUCCUGUCCUUCGUCUUUAACUUCUUUCCGGGUUCUCUGCCGUGAAGGAUCCCAAUCUCAGUCCCAAUCUCAAUCCCAAUCCCAAUCCCAAUCCCAAUCCCAGUCCCAGUCCCAAUCAAAUGACCUAAAAUUCGUUCUUCUUGACGCUUUAGAUUCAUCAGGAAUCAACACUGCACAUGCUAGAGAUUCAAGGAAAGAGUUCCUGUCACAAAUUGAGAAAUUAACAGUUAUAGAGAGAGGGACAAGUAUUAGUAUUAAUAGACGUGUGGAUUUAGCAAAAACAGCGCUUUAUAUAGCAGCUGAAGAUGAUUCUUUGAUAUCUCAUUCUUCAGUUCCACUUCCUGUUGAUUCUUUUGUUGAUAGAUUAUAUGAUCUUUCAAUGGGUUUUUGUUCUGCUUAUAGCUCUUCACUUCUAUCUUCUCCUGACAAGUUUCUUGAUUCUCUGGAGGACUAUUUGUAUGUCAAGAAGGGUUUUAGAAGAAACAAUGGAGGGAGACAACUAGACCCACGAGCUUUAUAUCUUCAUUCUGUUUUGACUCAUAGAACUGGUUCAGCUGCUAUGCUUUCAGUUAUAUACUCUGAAAUUCUGAAACUGCUCAGGAUGUGGUCACUUUUGGACUUUAAUUGUGAGAUUUCCUUUCCUCAUGAUUGUCAUGGUCUUCCUAAAGGAUAUCAUAAGCAGAAAAGCGUGGAGUCUGAUCAGCUUCAUAUAAUGACAACACAAACUCUGUUGGAGGAGAUUUUGAGAAAUUUGAAGGAGACUUUCUGGCCAUUUCAACAGGAUUAUUCUAAGAGUUCAUUUUUAAGGGCAGCAGAUGCUGCAAAUUGUAUUGACAGAUCUACUGAACAAAGCGGCUAUCAGCUUGCUUCUGCAAAGGCCGCCCAACAUAGGCUAGACCGUGGUGUUUGGACUAGUGUACUUUUUGGGGAUAUGAGACGUGCUUUAUCUGCAUGUGAACGUCUAAUAGUCCUGGAUUCUGAUACAAAAGAAUUAAGAGAUUACAGCAUUCUUUUGUACCAUUGUGGAUUUUAUGAACAAUCUCUGCAAUAUCUCAAGCUGUAUCAAGAAAGAAAGAUUUCUUCAUUACAAAUGCAAUCAUUCAGUAAAACCAGCAUCCUAGAGGAGGAUGCUGUGGGGAAAUUGAUGACACGCCUUACCCUGAUUUCAAUGGAGGAAGGUUGGAGCAAGCCUUCACAUGUUAGAAAUUUUCUUGGAAGCAACUCAGAACCGUGGUAGAGCCUUAUGUUUUACACACAGUAAGAAAGCCUUCCGUUCCUGUCUCUCUAAGCACAGUUAAAACUUGGUCAUUCAAAGUGGGAAGAUAUUGGAAUUUUAUACUCAUUUAUGCAUUUCUACAAGGAACAGCCAAUCCCGGAAGGGUUUCAGCUCUUACGAAAUUACCAGGAAUAGCAUGAACCCUCGGUCAAUUGGAUGCAUGCUUCUAAAUGUAAAACCUGGUUUCUCUUGGUUAGCUGGAUGGAGGUAUGUUUGUAAUUAUUAAGAUCAAUCUUUUCCUUUUUCUUUUCUCUUGCAGAAGCUCAAGUUGACAUGCUGUUAACAUUUAGCAAUCUUCGUAAAUAGUUAUAUGUAUAGGUAUAAUACUACCUGCUUAUGAUAAUGUAAUAUAGGAAAAUGCAAUCGUAGAAAAAGGAUAGAAUGCUUCCAAUAUAUUUUUCUUUUUGCUUUCAA